AUGAGACGGCAGGCUCUAGAGCUGAUCACGGGGCUCCUCGUGGUCCAGCUGCUGCUGCUCUUGCCGGAUCAAGUGAACGCCGUGAAGAAUCGGUUGAGGAAACAACGAUCCAAGCCGCAGCAACAUCAAGCUCAGCAAGCUGGCAACGAUUAUGAAUAUGAUUAUUACGGCAACUACGACGAAUACGAGGAAAAGAACGAGACGGCAACAACGGUACCACCAUUAGUGUUGCCAUCAGCUGUCACGCGACUUUCAGGAUUGUCCGAAACACCGACAGAAACAUUCUUGAGACGAGAAACACCUACAGACUUACCGGCUCCCACGACAACUCAAUUUUAUGAUCAUGAGAGGACCAGUCCCACAUCUGAACGGGAUCACUCAGAAAGCACAAACUAUUUGGUUUCAUCUACUGAAAUUUUACCAGGUGAGAGUAACAUAUAUAGUUCCGUGGCUAUACCAGGACCACGAGGUGCACCUGGACGACCUGGAGAUGUUGGUCGUCCUGGUGAUGCGGGAUUUCCUGGACAACCAGGUACACCUGGGACUCCCGGAUCACCUGGCGCUCCAGGACCUGUACCCGAUGUAUCUCUAUAUUAUCGACAAUUGGCUUUGUCUCAAGCAAGUGAAGAUAAAGGUCCGACAGGUGCAGCGGCGUCAUUGUAUGGACCAGAGACAUUACCUUACAUUCAGGCACAAGUAGGCCCGAUGGGUCCGCGAGGCCCUCCAGGUCCGCCUGGUGCUCCUGGUCCUCAAGGUUUUCAAGGUACACGAGGUGAAACCGGUGAAUUGGGUUCCUCAGGCCCUCAUGGCAUGCCAGGUCCUAGGGGUUUACCAGGAUUACCUGGAAAGGACGGUGUCAGUGGAGAAGAUGGCGAAACUGGUCCACCGGGAUCACCUGGUCCUGUAGGGCCACGUGGUUCUCCAGGGAUACCUGGGCUUCCAGGGUUAAAAGGUCAUCGUGGCUUUCCAGGUCUGGACGGUGCCAAGGGUGAGCAAGGAGCUCUUGGUGAAAAAGGAUCUAUGGGUUCGCCUGGGUCGAUGGGGCCGGUAGGACCAAUGGGUCCAGCAGGACCUCGUGGUGAAAGAGGUAGAGAAGGUCCACCGGGUCCCCCUGGGUUGAGAGGCCUCGAUGGAAUUGCUGGGCCGCCUGGACAACCCGGUGCUAUCGGUAAACCUGGUUUACCAGGUUUUCCAGGCAUUCCUGGAGUUAAAGGUGACCAAGGAGUGCAAGGACCAACAGGAAGUCAGGGUUUGCAAGGUCCGCGAGGCGAAAGUGGCCGCCCAGGACAACCUGGUGAAACUGGUCCACAAGGUCCUCAAGGCAAAGAUGGAAUACCCGGUGAGACGGGUGUCAUUGGAGCGAUAGGACCCGUUGGUCUGCCCGGUUUUCCAGGUGCUCGAGGUCAACCCGGCACACCGGGCAAUUCUGGUGUCCCUGGCGCUAAAGGAGCACCUGGCCUUCCUGGUGAAAGAGGUUUUAAAGGAGAUGCUGGAGUGAAAGGUGAUGCAGGAAUGCCUGGUCCGCGUGGACUUCCGGGACCUCCUGGGACAGAGGGCAAAAGGGGCAAGAGAGGAAUGCGUGGACCAAUUGGCGCUGCAGGACCGCCUGGAGAACGUGGCGCACUUGGAGCUCGUGGUCUUCCUGGCCAAGAUGGUCCUGUCGGGCCUCAAGGGCAAACUGGCGAUCGUGGUUUUGCGGGACCUGUUGGACCGAAAGGCACCGCUGGAGAUCCUGGACGACCUGGACCUGCAGGAUUACAGGGUGCACGUGGUUUAGUGGGUAGGCCCGGAGCUCCUGGGAAACCAGGCAAUCCUGGAGAACGUGGAAUUCAAGGUGCGGAUGGUAAGCCUGGAGAACAAGGACAAUCUGGACUGCAGGGUCUACCAGGACCGUUAGGACCAACAGGGGAGAGAGGCUAUCCUGGAGAACGAGGAAAAGAUGGUGAGCCAGGCAAUCCAGGUCCUCCUGGUCCGAGAGGAGAUAUCGGUAAAGAAGGAGCUCCAGGAACACAGGGUCCACCAGGUCCACCGGGAAAUGAUGGCGUGCGAGGUUCUCCGGGAUCUAUAGGUCCUAGAGGUUUUCAAGGUCUUCCAGGAGUUGCCGGUAAUCCGGGUGUUCCAGGCAAGGACGGAGAAGCAGGAGUACAAGGACGUCCCGGUCCGCCGGGAGUAAUCGGCAAUAGAGGCGAGCGAGGACUUCCGGGAGAAAGAGGACUCACGGGAGCUCCUGGAUCUGUGGGUCCUAGAGGAGAAACCGGGGAAUCUGGUGCUGAUGGUCUAAUUGGUUUACCAGGACUUAAAGGAGAUAAAGGAAGUGUUGGUUCACCGGGAUUACUAGGACUUCCUGGUGUGAGAGGAUUAUCCGGAGAACCUGGACAGAAAGGAGAGAGGGGUACACCUGGACCAAUCGGCCCCGAAGGUCCAUCAGGACAUAUUGGAGAGCGUGGUCUACAAGGAGAAGUUGGACCUCCUGGCUCUCCCGGAGAACCAGCUGAACGAGGCGAUCCAGGUCCUCCUGGUUCUAUUGGAGAGACCGGCGCACCUGGAAAUCCAGGAGAGAGAGGACCUCAUGGAUUACAGGGCUUGCAAGGUUUUCCAGGUCCACAAGGAUUAAUUGGACUUCCUGGUCUGAAAGGCGAUCGCGGUUAUCCGGGUUUAAAAGGAGAACAAGGAAAUCUGGGACUUCCUGGCAGUCGCGGCGAAGCCGGAUUACCUGGACCAAUUGGACUUACCGGUGCUAAGGGAAUUAGAGGUGAAUCUGGUGCACGAGGUGAACCUGGUUUAAUGGGGCCACCUGGUAUCACGGGACAUGUUGGACCAUCAGGACCCCCAGGAAAUGUGGGACCAUCUGGUGCUCCUGGAUUGCCCGGUAUUAAAGGCGACACUGGCGAUAUUGGACGUCCGGGAAAUCCAGGUCCGAUGGGUAACCCUGGUCCACCUGGAAUAGAUGGAAUUAAAGGCGAAAGCGGAUCCUCAGGUCCUCAGGGGCCGAUGGGUUCUCAAGGACCACAAGGUUCGCCUGGCGAGAGAGGAACACCAGGUUUACCUGGUUCUGCUGGUCCUAUAGGAAACAGAGGAUUACGCGGAGCUCCCGGUGAAACGGGGCAACCUGGAAAACCAGGAACGGAAGGUCCAGCCGGACCUCCCGGGUUGAUAGGCCCUCCAGGUCUUCCUGGACAUAUAGGAGAAGCAGGGCCGGAAGGACCAAUUGGAAAACCAGGACCCCCAGGUAUAGGAGGUCGACCAGGUGAUAAAGGACCGCCUGGAGUACCUGGUGCUACAGGGUCGUCAGGACCUCCUGGAAUACCAGGACCACUUGGACCUACUGGACCUACCGGACUUACUGGAGAACGUGGCUUGAAAGGUGAAACAGGACCGCAAGGUGUGGAAGGUCCACAGGGACCACGAGGGAAACCUGGCCCUACAGGUCUUGAAGGUACGAAAGGGGAUCGUGGAGAAGAUGGGCAGAAAGGGGCCAAGGGACAUCGAGGAUUUACUGGUUUACAAGGUUUACCUGGGUCUCCUGGUUUAGUAGGAGAAAAAGGUAUACCUGGUUUGGCAGGAUCUCCUGGUAAAGACGGAGAGCCAGGUAUUAGAGGUAAUCCUGGACGGGAGGGCAAUCCAGGACCUAUCGGACCUGGAGGUAAUCCCGGACCCAGAGGUCCACCUGGGGAAGAAGGUCGACAUGGACUAACGGGUCCUGCAGGACCACCUGGACCUCCUGGUCCUCCUGGAGAAGUAGGUUUCGGUUACGAUGCUGCAUCUCUAGCAGCGCUUCUAGGGCAAGGCCAAACUAAAGGACCAGAUCCACUUGGUGAUGAACCGCCAAGAAUGUUUGGUAAAGAUAUCACCGAAAAAGAACGAAGAGAAUUACUUUUGAAGGCUUACGAGAAUCUAAAAUCGUCGUUCCAAAAAUUAGUGAAGCCAGAUGGUGAAAAGAAUUCGCCUGCUAAAACCUGUCGAGAUCUAUUUAUUGCUUACCCGGACAAAUUAUCUGGCGAGUACUGGAUUGAUCCAAACGAAGGAGAUGUUCGAGACGCGAUCUUGGUGUAUUGCGAUGCUGAGAAGCGUGCAACUUGUAUUCUACCGAAUCCAUCGCGUUUACCAGAAAUCACUCACAUCACUGAUCAACAGGAGACCUGGCUAAGCGAGAUAGAUAGCGGCAUGAAGAUUACAUACAAGGCAGACAGUAAUCAAAUCGGUUUCUUGCAAUUGCUCUCGAAACACGCGAAUCAGAACAUCACGUAUUAUUGCAAAAAUAGUGUGGCCUACUUCGAUUACGAGAAAAAGACAUACAGAAAGGGUUUGAAGUUUUUGGCUUGGAAUGACAUUGAAUUGACACCACGAGGCAAUCAGCGUCUUAGAUAUGAGAUGAUAAUGGAUGAAUGCAGGGUCCAUCAAAAUCAUUGGGGUAAAACUGUUAUUUCAUACGAAACGGACAAACCUGUGAGACUUCCUAUCUUAGACGUGGCUUUGCGAGAUAUCGGAAAAGCCGAACAGAGCUUUUCCAUAGAGAUUGGUGCAGCUUGUUACGAUUAAGACAAAAUACGACCUUGCGACUGUUAUCUCAUGCCUAGAACACCGUCACGUUUCAUUGUAUAAUCUUGAGAAAACAAUUUUCUUCUAAUUUUACGAAAAUGACGGUAUGUCAAUUUUAUCUCAAGUGGCAGUUAAACAUCACUUAAUUUAAUCCAUAAUGGUUCUGUGUCGCUAUUUUACUCAAAUUCUCAAGAGUAAUAAAAACUAUUUAGGGAUAUUUAAUAAAAUUUUCUCUUAAGUUAAUUACAGAAUCUCUUCUUCCUAGGACGAAUGCAAAGUUAAAUUUAACAAAGAUACGAAAGACAUAUAUCACUCGGAUAUUUUAUAUAUUAUA